CGAGCUUGGCAUUUGCUGACUACGCCGACUUUCGUGUCUCUGCUAUUGUGUGUGUGUGUGUGUGUGCACUUCUCUGUUUGUGUGUGAGUGUGUGUGUGUGUUUGCUGACUUGCUUGCAUGCUUAGCGCGUCAUCUGCUGCCCCGCCCACCCCCUCUCGCUACAAACAAGCCAGUCCAGUCGUCACAUUGUGCAAUCAAACAUAAAAGGUAGAAGAAAAAAAGCAGCAAAAAGGUAAAAAUGUCAACUUCGCUGCUGCCGCUGGCUGCGCUGCUGCUGUUGUGCUGCUGCUGCUGCUUACAUCUCAGCUGGGCCAUCGAGUGUUACGUGUGCGAUGCGAGCGAUACGCAGAAUCCGUUCCAGUGCGGCGAAUGGUUCGAGCGUUUCGAUCAGCCGGACAUCCAGCCGCAGAACUGUUCCAGUGUCCAUGGGGCGACGUUCUGUGUGAAGCAUGUUGGCCGCUUUGAGGGCGGCAUCGGUGCGAAACGUUUCUGCAGCUCCAAGGAUCUGGGCAACUAUUGUGACUAUGUGCGCAACAAGGGCGAUCGCAUGGACUAUCGCAGUUGCAUCUACACCUGCGACACCGAUGGCUGCAAUGGCACCAAUCAACUGACCAACGGACGCUGGGGUGUGGCGUUGACGUCGCUGCUGCUUCUCAUGCUGAUGAUCUGGCAACGCUGCUAGAAGAGAGUGUGCGCUUGCCAGACAGACAGAGAGCGAGAGAGAGAGAGAGAGUGUUGAUGAAAACAAACAUAGCUUUGUAAACAAAAGAGUAAACACAAAAAAAAAAAAAAAACAAACAAGUGCAGCACACAGCUGCCGCCUAUGUUGUUGCCGUCGUCUUUGAUAACUGAUUUUCUUCAUUUUUUUUUUUGUUUUAUUGUACACCGCAAACAAAAAUUACAUAUACUACAUAUGUAAAUAUAUAUAUAUAAAUUCAUUUUUUUUCGUUAGUUAAGUUUUGUAGUUAUGUAAGCUGAAUAAAAGUAAAGUUUCUCACACACAUUUGUAA